AGGAUAUAAACAGCGAAGUGCCGGGACAGCAGCAUCCCUACCCCCCCACUGUUUCUCUGGAGCGUAAACCUUCCCGGUUUAGCUUCCCAAGAUGGACCUGAGGGUAACAAGUGUUCUCCUCGUCCUCCUCGCUUUGGCUGAGGCCACCCCUGACAGGUACUACCAUGUGCCAAAAGUGAGCAAGACUCCCUACCCUGUCAAGAGUCAUGCCCCUGCAGGCCAGCCAGGUCCUCCAGGUGCUCCAGGUGAGCCAGGACCAAUGGGACCAAUGGGACCUCCUGGAAAGAGUGGUACCGGACAUCCUGGACAAAAAGGCCCACCAGGACCUCCUGGACCCCCUGGCUACUCUCAAGCAGGUAAACCCGGUAGCCCAGGUGGCCCUGGAAAACCAGGUACCCCUGGCGCCCAUGGUGAGAGAGGUGCACCUGGCGCAACUGGAGCAAUGGGUCCCAGAGGUGCACCUGGUACUCCUGGAACACCUGGACCUGCUGGACUUUCUGCUGUCGGAAAACCUGGACCAGCUGGCAUCCCUGGGGCAAUGGGACCAAGAGGAGAGUCAGGUUUGAAGGGACACCCUGGUAUUCCUGGCCUUCCCGGCAUUAAAGGAGAGAGAGGUGUUGGAGUUCCUGGAGUUCAAGGACCACCAGGUGCAGUUGGACCAAUGGGCCCAUCUGGAAUGCCUGGAAAACCUGGAACUGGUAUACCUGGUGCUACUGGCUAUCCUGGAGAACCUGGCAAGGGUGGCUCACCAGGAAGAGAUGGCGCUCCAGGACCAAUGGGUCCACAAGGACCAAAGGGUCACACUGGGGCUCCAGGCGUAGGAGCAACAGGGAAACCAGGCCAGAAUGGUACCCCAGGUAUGCCUGGGCCUAUGGGUGCUAAAGGUCCACAGGGUCCAGCAGGUCAGCCAGGCUCUCCUGGCAUGCCAGGUGUUGGCAAAACGGGUGAACCUGGAAUACCAGGUAGCAGAGGAGCCCCCGGUACUCCAGGAACCACUGGUCAGAAAGGAGAGCCAGGCCCAACUGGUUAUACUGGUCAGUCAGGUGCUCCUGGUCCUAUUGGCCCAGCUGGUCCACAAGGUGCAAGAGGAUUCCAGGGUGAGGGAGGCCCUGCAGGACCCAAAGGUGACAUUGGUAUGGUAGGUGCACCUGGCCCAAGGGGAGCCAAGGGUGAACAGGGAGCUCAUGGUCUCACUGGAAAACCAGGUAGCCCUGGUGCAGUAGGUCCUCCAGGAAUUCCAGGCCAUAAUGGUCCUCAGGGUCAAAAGGGUAAUCAAGGCCAUGCUGGUGCCCCAGGACUCCCAGGUGUAAAUGGCGCCCCAGGACUCAAAGGGCACACAGGCCCUGCAGGAGGACCAGGGAAAAGUGGUGAGAACGGAAGGCCAGGACCCAUGGGACCAGGUGGUCCCCCUGGUCCAUCAGGUCCCCCUGGACUUAAGGGCCACCCAGGUCUUCCAGGCCCACCUGGCCCAGCAGGCUUGACAGCUAAGGGAGUUUCUGGUCCUCAUGGUCCACCUGGAAUUCCAGGUCCCAGAGGUCAAGAUGGUCAGCCAGGCCCUGCCGGUCCUCCUGGUCCACCUGGCCCACCAGGAGAGAUGGUCUACCACCAUGAGAAGAGCAUGCCAAUCAAGUCCCACGAGCUUGUGAUGUCUCAUGAGAUGAUAAAGGCCCCCAUGUCCGCCUUCAGUGCUGUGCUGACCCGAGCCUACCCCCCAGCUGCAACCCCUGUUCAGUUCGACCAGGUUCUGUACAACGGUGAGGGCCAUUAUGACGAGCACAGUGGUGUGUUUACCUGCCAGAUCCCAGGCCUCUACUACUUCAGCUAUCAUAUGCAUGUCAAUGGCGCCAAUGCAUUGGUGGCCCUCUACAAAAAUGAGGAGCCAGUUAUUUUCACCUAUGAUGAGUACAACAAGGGCUUCCUGGAUCAGAUGUCAGGCAGUACUGUGCUUAUGCUACAUGCCGGUGACAGAGUCUUUGUCCAGGUCCCUGAUGAGGACAGUAAUGGCAUAUUUGCAGCAGAUAAUGUUCACUGUGCUUUCUCUGGGUUCUUGAUUGUCGCAACGUGA